AUGGCAAACAGCUCGGUCGUUUUCGUCUUCUGGCUAUUCCUAUUCGGUUGGCAGCUGGCCUCCAGCGUUGCUUUCUCGGAGAAUGGAGCCCUCCCUCCCAAUUUCGAUCCCAUCCAUCCCUUCAACCUCCUCUCGACAUCCACCGGCGCGGACACCACCUGUUCCAAGUCCAAGCCUUGCAAGAUAGGAUGCUGUGGUCCCCUCGACAACUCUGGUAGCGGCAACUGUGGCUUUGGCCCGGAAUUCUGCGGGCCCAAAUGCACGUCAGACUGCGAUCGCAAGAGCGAAUGUGAUCCUGGCUGGGGAAAAGAAUGGGCUAAUAGCAGCACGUGCCCACUGAACGUCUGUUGUAGCAAGUUUGGAUUCUGCGGAACCUCUCGGGACUUUUGCGGAAAUUCCGUUGUUGUCUCUCCCCAGUGCAGUGGUACCAGUGCCCGUGAACGCACCAUCGGGUACUAUGAAGCGUGGAACAUAGAGCGCCCCUGCGGAAAGAUGGCUCCUGAUGACAUUCCCCUGGGCUACUACACGCACCUUAACUAUGCGUUCGCCUCGAUCGACCCGCAGACGUUCCGCAUCGCCGCCAUGGACAACACCACGGGCUCCCUGUACCGAUCGGUGACAGCCCUAAAGAGGAGACAGGGCAACCUCGAGGUGUGGAUUGCCAUUGGGGGCUGGGCGAUGAACGAUCCGGGUCCGACUCGAACCGCCUUCUCCGAUCUGGCCGCCUCUGAGGCUGCGCAGGACACUUUCUUCGAAUCGCUGAUCAGCUUUAUGCAGAGUAAUGGCUUUGACGGGGUGGACCUCGACUGGGAAUACCCAGUGACGGACGACCGGGGUGGGAAACCGCAAGAUUUUGCCAACUUUGUGACGCUGCUGAAGCGCCUGAGGGAGCGUUUGAACCAGACCGGUCGACGAUUCGGCGUGUCCAUCACUUUGCCAGCCUCCUAUUGGUACCUGCGAGGAUUUGACAUUGUCAAUCUCGAACCACACGUGGAUUUCUUCAACAUCAUGACUUAUGAUAUCCACGGUCUUUGGGAUGCCACGAAUAAGGAGCUCGGACCGUAUGCCUUUGCGCACACCAACCUGACCGAGAUCAACGCCGCGCUCGAGCUUCUCUGGCGCAAUAACAUCAACCCGGCCCGAGUCAACCUGGGUUUAGGCUUUUACGGCCGUAGCUUUACAAUGAAGAACCCUGGAUGCCUGAAGCCCGGCUGUCCAUUCUCAGCUGGGGCGCGCGCUGGUGAAUGUACUGGCACGCCAGGGGUGUUGGCUGCCUACGAGAUCAACAAGAUCAUCCAGAAGGGCGGUGCGGACGUCACCCUCUACAAGGAUGAAGCAGUCACGGUGAUCACCUGGGACAAGGACCAAUGGGUAAGCACGGACAAUAAGGAGACGCUGAAGUUGAAGCUCGACUACGCAAACAAGCGGUGCCUCGGGGGAACGAUGGUCUGGGCAAUCGAUCUGGAUGACGGGACGUUGAUCGGGGAAUUCGGCGAGGGCAUGGGGAAGAAUCGAUCGAUCGUCCGGCCCCGUCGCACCGCGCUCAUACCCGACCUGGGGACGACCGAUGAAGAUGAUAUUUUGGGAUGGAAGAAGUGGAGAAGAGAGCAUCAUGGCGGGCAUGGUCACUGA